UGUCAACCACUGUGGAUAUAUGGAGUAGUCAUAACAGAAGCUUUUUGGGAAUCACUGUGCACUGGAUCAAUCCAUGCAACUUUAAACGUGAGAAAGCUGCCAUCGCAUGCAAAAGAAUAAAGGGCAGGCAUACAUAUGAUGUUAUAGGCUUUGAAAUGGAACAGAUUCACUCAGCAUUUGGCCUUUCACAUAGGAUCACCGCCACCGUUACAGACAACGGGUCUAAUUUUGUUAAAGCUUUCAAGAUGUAUGCACCGCCUGAGCCUAACGAGGAGGAGGAUAAUGACGAGCAAGGUGUCGUUUUCACAGAUGUGGAAGAGUUGCUUGGGGCCACAGAAGGACAGUUUUCUCUUCCCCCGCAUUUCAGGUGUGCUUCGCAUACACUCAAUUUGAUCUCGUGCAAUGACAUCGACAAAUGGCUGUCCUCCAACAGUGACUCAAAAUGUGUGUACAGGAGUGCAACGGCAAAGUGCGCUGCUCUUUGGACAAAGGCGAGCCGCUCUACCUUGGCCUCUGAGAUUGUCGAUGAAAUCUGUGGAAAAAAAAUGAUUGUGCCUACAUCAACAAGGUGGAAUUCCUUCCACGAUGCCCUGUCCCGCAUCAGUGACAUCCCGGCCCAAGAUUUGAAUACGCUUUGUACUAGACUGGACAUCAGAGCCCCGACAGAGCGCGAACAUCUAUUCCUAAAGGAAUACUGCAGUGUUUUGAAACCCCUGACGGUAGCACUGGAUAUAUUGCAAGGGGAAGACAACUGCUACUAUGGGACUCUUCUACCAACCCUGGAGACCCUGAUGUCCAGGACACUGGCACUCCAAAAUGGACUGUCGAGGAUGACAGCAAACCUACCGGGUGUAAUUGUACAGGCUAUCAGGACGCGAUUCGCACCAGUGUUGGAGAGCAGUGAAGCUUUAUUGGCUGCCUUGACGUUGCCGAAAUUUAAAGUUCGAUGGAUUGUGGGAGCGGAGCGGAGAGAAGCGGCGCGUGCGCUGCUCAUCGCGGAGUGUCGCACUCUACCCCGUGAUGAAGAGCCGGCUAACAAUAAAAACCGAGAAGCCGCCGCACACAGCAGCGCCAAUGAGAAUGACUUUUUUUCUUUUGAUGAGGAAGAGGAAGACGCAAUGUCCAUUAGCGCAGACUCGGAGGUAUUUGAGUACAUGAGAUCAGGCUCAGAGUUAGAAGUCCUCAACCGUUUCCCCCGAGUGAAAGCUGUGUGUAUGAAAUACAACACUGCCACACCAUCCAGUGCACCGGUGGAGAGGCUGUUCAGCCUGGGAGGUAUUGUGCUUUCCCCCAGAAGAAACAGACUCUCAGAUAAACGUUUUGAAAGACUGCUGCUGAUGAGGUAUAAUCGCACAUUUUGUACUGAUGUGGAAUAG